UCCCUCAACUGUCCAGCACCCUCCACAUAAAUGCUCUUUUUUUUUUUUUUUUUCCCAACCGGGCUUAAAUAUUCCUCGACAGUUGACACUAAAGUUUCCCAUUUCCCAUCUCAAAUCAUACACACUCUGAAUCUCUGCCGAGAUGAAAUCCAUUACUGGUUUUUUCUUGACCUUUCUGCUCAUUACAGCUUCUGUCUCCCUAGCUUUCCGUCUCGGAUCCGAUGGAUCCUUCUCAGCCCAGCUCAGCCACUCCAAGGGCAAAGACAACAACAAAGGUGGUGGUGGUGGUGGUGGUGGAAACGAUGGUGGCAUGGGCGGGUUCUUUGGCCCCGGAGGCGGGUUUAACAUACCCGGUUUCGGAAAAGGGUGGGGAGGAAAUGGUGUCGGAGGUGGGUACGGAGGCGGGUACGGAGGUCCUAGUGGAGGGCACUCCAAGGGUGGUGUAAUAAGGCCUACGGUGGUGUGCAAAGAAAAGGGCCCGUGUUACAACAAGAAGCUGACGUGUCCAGCCAAGUGCUUCACCUCCUAUAGCCGGUCAGGGAAGGGUUAUGGAGGCGGUGGCGGUGGCGGUGGCUGCACCAUUGAUUGCAAGAAGAAAUGUAUUGGCUAUUGCUAGAUGGACGUUAUUAUGAACAAGCAGCCGGGUACCACCGGUAAUAGUUCCUAUGAUCAGUAAUAGUAGCUAUAGAUCAGUAUGAGAUAUAUUUUGAGAUA